AUGAGGUAUCUCACUCAGCCCCCCGCGAAACAAAUCUUCCGCGGUCUCUGCUUCUACAUCAACGGCUCGACCAUGCCCUUGAUCUCAGACCACAAGCUAAAAUACGUGCUGCACGCCCACGGCGCCUCUCAAUCCAUCGCUUUAGGUCGUCGCACCGUCACGCACGUCAUACUCGGCACGACCUGCGGCGGCGGUCUCGCAGGUAGUAAGAUACAAAAAGAGAUUGCGAAGACGAGAGGGAACGCGGUGAAGUAUGUUAGCGUUGAGUGGUGA